AUGCCUUCUCACGCUGUUCUUAUUGUAGUUAUUACUGAAGUAAAAAGUAGCCAACUAUGUUCACACGGCUUUGCUAAAUACAAGCUAUUGAAUGAAAUGUCUUAUACCAUUCAAUGGAAAUAUUUUUUUCCUAUAAACAAACAGCCCCAAAUAAUCACGACUGGUAAUAUCGUAUGUUUUUUAGAAAAAUUUGUAGUUGAAAAUUCUGAACAGUGUCUUACCGUAGCAUCUGCAAACAUUCUUGAUACUGGAUAUUCAAAUCAUGAAUUUAGUAUCGCCAACAUUUCUUCAUAUAUCCUGCACUGUAUGCUUUCUGCAUUCGUUACUCGUACUCCCCAAAAAGUUAAUGAUUUUAUCUAUUUCGGUAUGGAAUGUUUGGAAUAUAAUGCUAUUACCAGUAUAUCAAAUAUCAAGAUGAAGAUAACUGUUCUUUACCCUUUCCACUCAAUAAGAUUUCAAAAAUAUUUGGGCCCUUCAGGGUCAAACAUUAAAUUAGAUAAUGUUUAUUUGAUUUCUGGAUUUAUCAAAUUUUCAACUUCUGGUAAUCUCAUGAUAGAGGCAACCGACAUAGAUUAUAAGGAAAAAC